GCCGGCCUUAAGGCUUGGGAAGCUGACCUUGCUGUGCGCGGGAAAGUGCCGGGUAACCCGGCCGCGGCGGGCUCUCCUGCACGUGAGAAGGAGCCGGCCCCGGAUCUUUUCUCUGUUGCUGAUCUCGUGGAUCCGGGGGACAGCGUGUGGGGAGGGGACGUUGCCCAUGGAGACCCGUCGCCCCUAGCUGGAAGAAACGGCCACGGUCCUGGCUGGGCCCUAAGGGCCACCCCAGGUUGUGCUGUUGUUUGGCUGCCUGCUGAGACCUCAUCAUGUCUUCGCACAAGACUUUCAGAAUUAAGAGGUUCCUUGCUAAAAAGCAGAAGCAGAAUCGUCCCAUCCCUCAAUGGAUUCGCAUGAAAACUGGCAAUAAGAUUAGGUACAACUCGAAGAGGAGACACUGGAGAAGAACCAAGCUGGGGUUAUAAAGAACUGUGACCAUGGUGGCUUACGUUCACUCUUUCUCGUGUCCAAAACACCUUGCCAUGUUACCACCCUGAUUUUGCAAAUUCCAAAGCUGCAAACAAAGCAAACUUGUUAAAAAAAAUUGCACUUUUGUUUUCAUUUAUUUUAUUGGUUCAGUAAUAAAUGUGAUUUUAAGUGAAAAUAA